UGGCUUUCGAGUUUCCAGAUUUAGUAAACUAGUAGAGCCAUUUGAAAUUCGUUUGGCUUGUCAGCAAGUUCGAAAUUGCCGAGAGAAGGUACAGUUACAGCACCGGAGAGGUGACCCCAAUGGAGAUGGAGACGGCAGCUCCCGCUCCACUAUCCGAUCUCGAGCUGGUGUCGCUGAAACCCGUGAGGAUCGAACCCAGCCCGGACGAGGAGGAGUCCUCCAGCUGGCAGCCGCUGUUCCGCUCUGUCCUGCCGACCUGUCGGAAGAAGUCCGACCUGCUGAUAGCCCUCACCCACUUCCUGCUCACCAAGGAGUACCGUCUGCGGUGCACCUCGAGGUGCAGCGUGGCCAGUGGCCCACUGCCCGACCACUGGAACCGGGACACCCAGCGGUACUCCCUCGAGUACUCCGACGAGCAGGGCAGCCAGCAGUACCUCCUGCUGGCCAAGCUGAGCCGCAGGGACCUGGUGAUCAGCCUGCAGAACUCGACCAGCCGGCGGAUGUUCGUCGCCUGCCUGCAGCCCGAGCUCCUCGUGAGCUCCACGAAGGACGACCUCCUGGAGAAGUGCAUCCCGAGGGCGGGCAGGAUUCUCAGACGGCUGCGCUCCGACCUGGUGGAUCCGGUGGUGCGGGGCACCAAGCGGCUGUCCGACGCUCCCUUUCCGGCUGGAGCACCUGCCACCAAGCCCUCCAGGGUGACCUUCAACCUCGCGAAGUGCUCCCCUGGCGAGGAGUCCUUCUAAGCGGCUCUGUUUUACCCACGAGAGAUCUCCUUCGGGGAAACUGAUUUUAUCCUAUAACGAGAGGGAGCGAGCAGCAGCACUUCCCUCAAGCGAGGAUCGCAAAAUUCUCCUUUUAAAUAGAUGAGAUGAACAGAAA